AUGUCCUAUCCGUAUAACAACAAUGCUGCCGGUGGAUCCAAUCCAGGCGUGUACAUCCCUGGCCAGCCGAAGCAGCAGCAGCCACAGCAACAGGGUGGCUAUCAGCCCUCUCCGGCAGCGUAUGGGACUUCGCAUGGCUAUCAGCCCUCUCAGCAAGCGCAGUCGUAUGGAUAUGUUCCCAACCAACAGCAGACUUACCAGCAACCGCAGAGCUACAGCUACACUCCAACUCAGACGUCCUAUCAACCACAGACAUCCUAUCAGCCACAAGCAACUCAAACCUACGCGCCGACACCUUCUUACCAGCAGCAACCAACACCAGCCAGUGCCACAUCCCCUGCUGCUACUGCGGCAGUCCCUUCCAGCACCACCAAGAGCCCCACAGACAUUAGUCUCGUGGUAGUGGCCACCACUAGUAGUGGAGCCCCCACCACCAUUCAAAUGGAAGUGGAUCCAACCGAUACCACACUGGGAGACAUUACCGAAAUGAUUGCCGAUGAAAUUGGAAUUCCUGCACAGCUACAACUCAUCAAGUACAAGAACAAAAACAUGGACAGUCGAACAUUGACACUCAAACAACUCAAUUUUCCAGACAAGAGUCAGUUGGCUGUGUCACAGAAACAGCAGCCUUCUACUAAUACAAAUCAAGCUGCUGGUAGUACUGGUACUAGACCACAACAACAACAACAAAAUCAACCCGAAGGAAAUGAAGCUCUGCGAGCCGAAUUUGACAAGAUUGAUUUGGACAAGAGUGGAACCAUUGAUCAAAAGGAACUCUCCAAGGUCUUUUUGGGAUGGGCACCGGCAUCACUCGUCAAAAAGGCAAUGGCCAUGGCCGACACCAAUCGAGAUGGGAAAAUUGAUUUUGAAGAAUUUUGCAAAAUUAGAAAACAACUGGGAGGAGGGUCCAAAAAGGGUGGUGGUAAAAAGUAA